CAGGGUGGUAACUUGGAUCAGCCGGCUCUCUCUUCGCCUUUUCCCAGUUUGGCGCAUCCUCCCUCCGUCGAGUCCAGCCUGCUGUAUUUACCUCCCUGUGGUCCGGAGCGGAGACUGGGGGAUCCACCUGCCGGAGAGCAGACACACCUCGGGAUGGAUGCGCUGAAAUCCGCCGGCAGAGCGAUUAUCAAGAGCCCCGGAGUCCCGCACACAUGGGGAACUUCAAAGCACGAAAAGCUGCCAGAGAACUGGACCGACACCAAGGAGACCCUGCUGGAGGGGAUGGUGUUCAAUGUGAAGUACCUGGGGAUGACUCUGGUGGGACAGCCCAAAGGAGAGGACAUGGCCUCGGCUGCCAUUCGCAGAAUUGUUGCCACGGCCAGAGCCAGUGCUAAGAAGUUUCGGAAAGUAACGCUGACGGUCUCACCAAAAGGCAUCAUCAUGACAGACACAGAGACGACAGACCUCAUAGAAAAUGUCUCCAUAUACAGAAUCUCGUACUGCACAGCAGAUAAAACUCAGGAUAAGGUCUUUGCAUAUGUCUCUCAGAGUCAGUUCAAUGAGACCCUGGAGUGCCAUGCAUUUCUCUGCCAAAAGAAGAAGAUUGCUCAGGCUGUGACAUUAACGGUAGCUCAGGCCUUUAAAGUAGCCCUCGAUCUUUGGGAGAUCGCUCAGGAAGAUAAAAGCAAGAAGGCGAGGACCUGCUGUUCUUGUGCAGCAAGCAAAGGACAGACGGAGACAACAGACACUGUCCCAGCAGAUCCAGAGAAGCCUGUCGGGAUGGAGGAGAAGCUCCGGAGGCCCUUCUUCUCCGCUUCACUCAGCUCGCCCUCACCUCGCAGUAACCCCACUCGAAGGCGACCGAUCAAACACGACUCGUGGGACGUGGAGGAUGGACUCGAGGACCCCUUCUCAAGACUGGCCGAGUCCUGCUCCAAACACGUCUCUGACAAUGCAGCUCUGAGUCUUUGGGAGGUCUCCGCCGAGAAUCUGUUGUGUAUCUGUAACAAUGAGUUUGAAUAACAUACACUGGCAAUAGCUGUCCAACUCGCAGCACCACAGAAAUUAGACUGAAAUCAUAACAGAGGCUCUGAGACCAACAACAAACACAAAACAGCAUACAUCACACAACAGACAGCAUAAGAUAUCACGCUUCCCGGUGCACAACCUGAAUCAGACGGGCUCUGUUUGAUUUUUCUGUGGCUGCUGCAGAGAAACGAGAAUGAAUACCCUGAUAUUAUAAACCGCAAUUUCUGUGAAUGCCUGCCAGUCAACACACACUCCACUCAGUGUAAACAGCCAUCAUCAGCCAACUCUCAAAAACUGCCAGAUGAAAGA